AUGCGGUCCGCUAUGUUGAUCGUUCUUAUUCUUUCCCUAUUUGAAACACUCAUUCUCAAUGUCAGUGCCGACCAGCUCGAACAUGUUCAGCCAAAAGGCCUCUACCUUUCAACAUGUGCACGAAUGAAUGACGGUCCAAUUGGCGAGAAAGUAGCGCAAUUGGCUUGUGGAGCCUCGUGCAACUUUCGCAACUGUGGUAAUAGUCAGUGUGAAUUUCGCGGAAAUCGAGCGGUAUGCGUCUGUUCCCGAUGUGCUAAUGGUGGUGGUGGAUGGCCAGGAAAGAAAUGA